AGAAGAUUUGAAUGUUGUCUAUAGCCAUUGCGAGGGUCUUGUCUUCAGUUUCAUUGCCGCCAUGACUACCAAACGAGCUUACAAGCUACAAGAAUUUGUGGCACACUCUUCAACUGUGAAUUGCCUGAAGAUUGGAAGGAAAACGUCUAGGGUUCUUGCAACUGGAGGAGAAGAUCACAAGGUUAAUCUCUGGGCUAUUGGUAAACCCAACGCUAUACAGAGUUUGUCAGGACACACGAGUGGAAUAGAUUCAGUGAGCUUUGAUUCUUCAGAAGUCUUGGUAGCUGCAGGUGCUGCAAGUGGUAGCAUCAAGCUUUGGGAUUUGGAGGAGGCAAAAAUUGUUCGGACUUUGACUGGCCAUAGAUCCAAUUGCAUCUCUGUGGACUUCCAUCCCUUUGGUGAGUGUUUUGCAUCUGGUUCUCUUGAUACAAAUCUCAAGGUAUGGGAUAUCAGAAAGAAAGGGUGUAUCCAUACAUACAAGGGCCACAGUCGAGGAGUCAAUGCAAUCAGGUUUACACCAGAUGGCCGAUGGGUUGUAUCUGGCGGUGAGGACAACAUUGUGAAGGUUUGGGAUUUGACUGCUGGAAAAUUGUUGCAUGAUUUCAAGUAUCAUGAAGGCCAAAUUCAGUGCUUAGAUUUCCAUCCCAAUGAGUUUCUACUUGCUACAGGUUCAGCUGAUCGGACUGUUAAAUUUUGGGACCUUGAAACCUUUGAGCUUAUUGGUUCAACUGGGUCUGAGACUACUGGAGUCCAUUGUUUGACCUUCAAUCCUGAUGGGAGGACUGUACUUUGUGGAUUACAUGAAAGUCUAAAGGUUUUCUCAUGGGAACCAAUAAGAUGUCAUGAUGGUGUGGAUGUGGGGUGGUCUAGAUUGUCAGAUCUUAAUGUUCAUGAAGGAAAGCUUCUUGGCUGCUCAUAUAAUCAAAGCUGUGUUGGAGUUUGGGUUGUAGACAUCUCGUGCAUAGAGCCUUUUGCUGUUCCUGAUGCUAAUAACGUGAAUGGUCAUUCUGAACCCAAAUCUUGUUCUGGCGGAACCCUCUCUGUACUGAAUGAGAACACAACAAAAGCUAGUAUGGGAAGGUUAUCAGUUUCACAAAAUCCUGAUACUUUAGUGAAGGAAACAAAAUCCCUGGGAAGGUUAUCCAUUUCACAAAACUCAGAUCCUGUUAAGGAGUCCAAAAUUUGGCAUGUAUGUUCCACAGGAAAUGUACCUGGUACCCCUCAGAGGGUCAAUUUAGACACUGCUCCAAAGACAACGCAACCGAGUUCAGUACCUGUUCCUAGUGGAGCAGCUUCAAAGAGGAGUUCUAUGAGGACUAGCUCAGUUGUCAAUGUUCCAAAUUUUAACAGGUCAGAUGUCAUACCUGUGAUUGUGCCUAGAGAUGAUAUGAGGUUGGAGCUGGCUGUUGAAUCAAGAAAAGAAGUUGGGAUAUCAGGGAGAAGUUUGGAACAGACAGCCAAAUCUAGAAGAGAGGUUGGAAUCUCUGGGAGAAGUUUGGAGCUGAUCCAUCCAGAUGCUGAAUCUGGAAAAGAAGCUGGACUAGUUGGUAGAACUGUAAAGCAAGGAGCUGAUUCCAGAAAAGAACUGUGUAUUGUUGGAAGAACAAUGCCAUUUUCUUUGCAGUCAAAGGCAUCUAGUUUUCGGAGGUUUCAAAAUAGCAAGGAAGACAUGGACCAACCAUCUAUCUCUGCUCCGUCUCAAAGUGAAGAUUCUAAGGUGGAUGAAUUCGGAAGUGUUCUGGACAAGAGUAAAUUUCCAUCUCUUAAAGGAAUACCAGCUGUUAAAAGGAAAACAAGAGAAGAUAGGUGUGCUGGCUCUGGUAAGAGUGAAUCGAACUCAGUGGUUGAGUUGCCUCCAAACUACUUGGAUGAAAAUUAUGAUUCACAGGUGCAAAAAACACAUAGAGACGCAUAUCCUUUAGAGAGCCAAAAAGGAAGAACACACCCAGUAGUUAUAAAUUGGGAGAAAAGAGGGAGGCCUUCUAAUUAUGACGGACCUACUUUUGGUAUAGCUCGGAGGAAUACAUCUACGUCAGAUAUGUCUUCAUUCAAUUCGUAUAAACAAAGAGGAUACAACUCCUCUGUGGAAAAAGAAAUGCCUUCUGCCAGUGAUGAGGAUGCUGUUGCAGAUAUAAUGGAGCAGCAUGACCAAUUCAUUGGUUCCAUGCAGUCUCGUUUAUCUAAGUUACAGGUUGUGCAUCGUUGCUGGGAAAGGAAUGACAUAAAGGGUGCAAUCAGUGCAAUGGAAAAGAUGGCUGAUCAUGCUGUGCUUGCUGAUGUGUUGAGCAUUGUCACUGAUAAAAUAGACAUUGUCACGUUGGACAUAUGCACUUGUCUUCUUCCCCUUCUGUCGAGUCUCCUUGGAAGUGAGAUGGAUAGGCAUUUGAGCAUCAGUCUCGACGUCCUGCUUAAGCUGGUUAGAGUAUUUGGUUCAAUGAUAUAUUCGACAUUAUCUUCUUCAACGCCUGUUGGUGUAGACAUUGAGGCAGAGCAAAGGUUUGAAUGUUGCAACCUCUGCUUUAUAGAACUUGAAAAAGUAAAGCACUGUCUGCCCAUGGUUACCAGAAGAGGGGGAUCAGUGGCAAAAUCUGCCCAGGAAUUGAAUCUAGCACUUCAAGAAGUGUCAUAAUGGGAACCAAC